AAAAGCACCAGCAAAACUCCCAUCCAUGGCACUCAUAAGCUCAAAAGAAAUUCUACUCGGGCCGAUACUCCGAUUUGGGUGUGUCUUUCUGUUAAUCUUUAUAGUGAGUUGUAGCCCCCCAGAGGACCCCAUCAAGUGUUCAUCACAGAAUACAAAUUGCACAAUCACAAACGCCUACGGUGUUUUCCCCGAUCGAAGCGUGUGUGGAGCAACUGAGGUGGUGUACCCGUCCACAGAGGAAGAAAUCAUUUCAGCAGUCGCAACGGCAACCAGGGAGAGAAGGAAAAUGAAGGUGACUACGCGUUAUUCACACAGCAUUCCCAAGCUAGUUUGCCCCGACGGCCAAGAUGGGCUGCUAAUAAGCACCAAGUAUCUCGACCAUAUCUUGGAAAUUGAUGUUGAAGCCAUGACGAUGACUGUGGAGAGCGGCGUGACAUUGAAGCAGCUGAUCAAUGAGGCUGCCGAGGUCGGGUUGGCCUUGCCUUACGCGCCGUACUGGUGGGGCGUGACAAUUGGUGGCCUCUUGAGCACGGGUGCGCACGGUAGCACAUUGUGGGGCAAGGGGAGCUCGGUCCAUGAUUAUGUUGUGGAGCUUCGGAUUGUUAGCCCAGGAGGGCCUGAAGAUGGGUAUGUUAAGACUCGGAGGCUCAACGAUGGUAACCAAGCUUUUAAUGCAGCCAAAGUUUCACUUGGAGUUCUUGGAGUUAUUUCACAGGUCAUUCUAAAACUACAACCCCUUUUCAAGCGAUCCAUCACAUACUUGACGGAGGAUGAUUCAGACUUGGGAGAUCAAUUGGCAAGUUUUGGCAAUGCACAUGAGUUUGCAGAUGUAACUUGGUACCCUAGUCAACACAAGGCUGUCUAUCGAAUCGACGACCGUGUCUCCACAAACACCCCAGGCAAUGGUUUAUAUGAUUUUACGCCGUUACGCCCUACUCCUUCAUUAGAACUAGCCGUCGUCAGAAGCACAGAGGAGUUUCAAGAAUUCAGUAAUGAUGCUGAUGGGAAGUGCAUCGCCGCAGAAACAAUUAUAUCUACAUUCCUGACUACUGCUUAUGGUUUAACCAACGACGGUAUUCUCUUUACGGGUUAUCCUGUUAUUGGAUAUAACAAUCGCCUUCAAUCAUCUGGAACCUGCCUAGAUAGUCUUGAAGAUGCAUUGAUGACUGCGUGUGCAUGGGACCCCAGAAUCAAGGGUGAGUUCUUUCACCAAACCGCGUUUAGUGUUGGCUUAUCCAAGGCUAAGAGCUUCAUCCAAGACGUUCAAAGCCUAAUAGAAUUGGAGCCUAAAGCAUUGUGUGGCGUAGAGCUUUAUAAUGGAAUCCUCAUUCGCUAUGUUAAGGCUUCAAGUGCUUACUUGGGGAAGCAAGAAGAUGCGGUGGAUUUUGAUAUCACUUAUUAUCGAAGCAAAGACCCCACGACUCCUAGGCUUUAUGAAGAUGUACUCGAAGAAAUUGAGCAACUCGCGCUUUUCAAGUAUGCAGCAUUACCUCAUUGGGGGAAGAAUCGGAAUGUAGCGUUCUAUGGAGCAAUCAACAAGUACAAGAAGGCGAGAGAGUUUUUAAAGGUUAGGGAGGUUUACGAUCCGUUUGGGCUCUUCUCUAGCGAGUGGACAAACCAAGUUUUUGGAUUAAGAAAUUGGGUGACUAUAGAUAUGGAGGGUUGUGCAUUAGAAGGGUUGUGCAUAUGCUCAAAAGACUUUCAUUGUGCUCCAAGCAAGGGCUAUUAUUGUAGACCAGGCAAAGUAUAUAGAGAUGCUAGAGUUUGUACUAGCUAGUUUGACUUUUUAGAAGAAUAGAUAAUGACU